GGCAGCGUCACUUUACCACACUGAACUGAAGUCGGAAUAGAGGGAGAAUGAAAAAAGUGACAUAAAUGGCGGAAACCUCAAGCGCCAACAUUUGGAUUUAAUUUGGAUUUUUCGCACCAACCAUACAGUAGCUUCAAGUGUUGAAGUAUUGCAGCUAUUCGAAGUGUCAUCAAAACCAAAGCUGAGAGGACCAAUCGACUGCCGGCGAUGUACAAGCGCAAAUCGACGAGUAUUGUGAAAAGGGACAGUACCUCCGUUGCAGGCCAGUCCACCACCACGAUGAGCGCCAGCAGUGGAAACAACACCGCCGACUUGGAUGUGGAUAUGGAUGACGCCCAUAUGGAAAUAUCUAUGGAUCCGCCCACGCCGCUUAAGUCCCCGUCGCAUUCGCAAUCUCACAUUGUGCCUAGCCAGCAACGUUCCGUGGGUUCGCUGGUCUCGCUCACCCAAAAAUUCGUGGAGCUGAUGAAGUCCAACGGCGGCUCUAUAGAUCUCAAAGCGGCCACCAAAAUCCUGGAUGUUCAGAAGCGGCGCAUAUACGAUAUCACCAAUGUGUUGGAGGGCAUUGGCCUGAUUGAUAAAGGCAGACACAGCGCCCUAGUGCGGUGGCGCGGAGGGGGCUUCAACAAUGCCAAGGACCAAGAGGAUUACGACUUAGCCCGCGGUCGCACCAGCCACUUAAAACAGUUGGAGGACGAUCUGGACAAACAACUGGAGUAUGCUCAACGUAACUUGGGCUAUGUGAUGCAAGACCCUUCCAAUAGAUCCUAUGCGUAUUUAACACGUGACGAUCUGUUGGAGGUCUAUGGUGAUGACUCCGUUUUCACUAUACCCAACUAUGACGAGGAGGUUGAGAUACAACGCAACGAUAGUGAGUUGCGUGUCUCCCUGGACAAUGGCAGCACGAUCGACGUUCGUCUGGUGACAAAUCAAGGUAAAAGCACAACCAAUCCGCACGACGCCGGAGGGUUCUUUGACUACCGCAGACUCGACACGCCCUCACCCUCCACGUCGUCACACUCCAGCGACGAUGGCCAUACUUCUGGGCCGGCAGGUUCGGGUAACGUUAUAACCGACGAACACACCUACUCUUGCAAUCCCGAAAUGAAGGACGAGAUGAAACUGCUGGAGAAUGAACUGACCGCGAAGAUUAUCUUUCAGAAUUACCUGUCGGGGCACUCGCUGCGGCGAUUCUACCCCGACGAUCCCAAUUUAGAAAACCCUCCGUUGGUUCAGCUAAAUCCACCCCAAGAUGAUUUUAAUUUUGUUUUAAAGAGCGAUGAAGGUAUCUGCGAACUUUUUGACGUACAAUGCUCAUAACUGCGGGACGGGACUUACAAAUAACAAAUUGUAUUUAAGCUGGCCGCGUGCGUUGUGCAAAUAUUUAUGAUUAGUACAAUUUUGACCUUUAAACAUCUUAA